GAUUCAUUAGAUGAGACACUUGGAUGUGAUUCCUAAAGCUUUUAUUGAGCAUUGCCAAACUUGUAAGCUUCAUAGGGAUGGACAUUAUAUUUAUAAAUGCCCUUCUAUAAGGGUUACUGUAGAUGUGAAAUUCUUGACCUUAAUAUCAUCUUUGAAAAUAUUAAAUUGAAAAUUCUGUUAACUUAUAUUUUAAGAAUAGGCAUAUUGUAUUACUGCAAGAGAUUUGAUUUUCAGCAGAGUGCAAAGUUCUUUCAAAUGCACGUCUUUUUUUCUAAUUCCAUUUUGUUUUAAAGCACUUUUUAAGUGUAGUUUUCUCAUUUAGUAAAUGUCUAAUUGAACAAAAGAGAAAGACAAUAGAAAUACAUAGCUUAUCACCAUUAACCUAUGGGUGGGAUUCUUUGUACCAUGUCACCUCAGGCCAUGUCAUCUUACCAAUAGUAAUGCACCACUAUUACAAUUAGUGUCCAUACUAGAUUAGAACUCUGGUAACAGGGGACAGAAAUUUUUUUCUACAUAGGAUUUUACAAAAUACAGACUUUUGGGGGUGGGGUGCUCACCUUACCAGAGAGUCAAAAGAUAACCUAAUCCUCACCAGUGUCAUGUGCCCUCUCAAGGUACACUGAACAUGCUCUGUUUUUACCCUCUGUACCUGAGGCAGAGGUCAAUAGGUCUAAUGGCUUUCACUUAAGUCACACUUUUAAAAUGUUUUAAAAUUACUUCAGCCAUUAUUCUCAUAACUUUUCUACUCUAUCCUAUAAUAAAAGGAGUCAAUUCUGCCUUUCUCUUCCUUAGUUUUUCAUUUUGAUUUACAUCUUCAUAGGCUGAUGGAGAGGUAACACUAUUAGAAUAUAUACAUAUAUAUUUUUUUUUUCUAUUAUCCUUUUUGAGUUUUAUCUUUUCCUUCAGAAAUACCAAUUAUCUUUAUAUUGGAUUGUCUUUGACUGGUUUUAUGUCUAUUAACUUCUCUUUAACUCCUUAAUGGCUUUAUCUCUUCAUUGAAACCAUUGAGUAUUAAGUUUUCCUUCUACAUAAGUCAUUUGAUAUUAUGCUAUAUGUAUAUAUUCCCCUAUUGUUCAUAAUUACUCAUAUAUUAUCAUUGUUGUUAUUCUUAAUUAGUUUCCUAAGUUAUAAAUAGUUCUUUUGAUAAUGCUGUGUUAUUUUAUCACCUCAUUUUUUUGGCUUUUUGGUAUGAGUCCAUUUUAAAUGUUCUAUCUCUUCAAGUACCUGUGAAGAAUAUCUUUCCAUUGUUCAGUUUAUGUUUCUUCUUGAGCUGGUUGUCAUUUCCCCCUAUAUUUUGUGUAUUAUGUCCUUUUUUUCUGAUCUCCAUCUCAUAGUGUAUUUGCAUUCUGUUUUUUCAUCAUAUUCAUGCAUGUAUAGUUCUGUCUCCAUCUUUUAUUUGUUUCUUGAAUGAAAUGUGACUGGUGAGAUGUCUGGCUGGAGUGGACCUUGGACUCUGCAAUCUUUCCAGUGGAGAUGAGGGAAGAUGACUGAAGACGAGAUAUUUUGAUGGCUGGUCUUCUGUAUGGAUGGUUCUUCGUCCUUUCUGGUGACACCAUACACUAAGAAUAUUGCCUUAUUUUUCUGCUCCAACAUCCCCAAUUAUACUUUACACCUAAAGGAAGACAGGGGCUACCAUUACAUACUUGUCUUUUCUGUGUUUGGUAAAUCUUGUAGUAGCAAUCAGGGGCCUGAGACAGGGUUCACCCCUCCUUGCUGAUUGUAUGACAAAUAUUCAUCUGGUCUGUUGUGUCUGAGCCCCCUGCUGGUGACUUCCACAGUCUCCAGGCUUAGAACCCAUCCGUUUUGCUCCCAUCUCCCAUCACUGUACAUUCACUUCUCUUCUCUGUGCAACCCAAAUGGCCAUUUUACUCCUGUGUUGUGAUUUUAAAAUACUCUUCAUAUUCAUGUCCCAAUGAGAACUACUGUCCUUGUUUUCAAGAAAGAAUAUGAUAUAUUUAAAACUUUUUUCUUUUAUUUCUACAGAGUGAACUAGGAAGAAGAACUAUCCUAAGUCUUCUGAAUUAAAACUGAGACUCAGUCUACAUUGAACUUCCUCAGAAAGGAAUCAUGAACAUUGAAGCAUAUUUUGAAAGAAUUGGUUAUAAGCACUAUAGGAACAAGUUGGACUUGGAAACAUUAACUGACAUUCUUCAGCACCAGAUCCGAGCCAUUCCCUUUGAGAAUCUUAACAUCCAUUGUGGGGAAGCCAUGGAAUUGGGCUUAGAGGCCACUUUUGAUCAAAUUGUGAGGAGGAACCGAGGUGGGUGGUGUCUCCAAGUCAAUCAUCUUCUGUACUGGGCUCUGACCACAAUUGGUUUUGAGACCACUAUACUGGGAGGGUAUGUAUACAACACUUCAGCAAACAAAUACAGCAAUGCCAUGAUUCACCUCCUGCUGAAGGUGACCAUUGAUGGCAGGAACUACCUAGCUGAUGCUGGAUUUGGACGCUCUUACCAGAUGUGGCAGCCUCUAGAGUUAAUUUCUGGGAAGGAUCAGCCCCAGGUGCCUUGCACCUUCUGCUUGACAGAAGAGAGAGGAAUCUGGUACCUAGACCAAAUCAGAAGAGAGCAGUAUAUCCCAAACCAAGAAUUUCUUAAUUCUGAGCUCCUGGAAAAGAAUAAAUAUCGGAAAAUCUACUCUUUUACUCUUGAACCUCGAACAAUUGAAGACUUUGAGUCUGUGAAUAUAUACCUUCAGGAAUCUCCAGCAUCUGUCUUUACAAGCAAGUCAUUUUGUUCCUUGCAGACCCCAGAAGGUGUUCACUGUUUAGUGGGCUUCACCCUCACCUACAGGAGAUUCAAUUAUAAGGACAAUACAGAUUUGGUAGAGUUUAACACACUGAAUGAAGAAGAAGUUAAAGAAAAUCUAAAAAAUAUAUUUAAUAUUUCCUUGGAGAAAAAGCUUGUCCCCAAACAUGGUGAUAAAUUUUUUACUAUAUAGUGUAAGCAGUAAAAAUGGUCUCAGUAUUACUUCUGGUGCUGUAACUUUUUAUUAUAAAAAUGUUUAAAUGUCUAUAAAAGUAGAGAGAAUGAAAUAAUAAACCUGCAUUUGUUUAUCA